CCAACAUGGCGGCGCCCAGCGAGGGCCGUGCGGGCCGGGGCUCCUCGGCCUUCCCGGGCACCGACAGCGGCUCCUUCCCCUUCCCCGUCCCGCACGGCGCGGCGGGGGAGCCACCCAAGAAGCCAUGCCGAGCCUGCACGGAUUUCAAGAGCUGGCUCCGCGAGCAGAGGAAGCAGGCGGCCCCGGGCAGCGCGGACGUGGCGGUCGCGGAGGAGAAGGAGCCCCCUCCGGACUGUCCCCUGGACAGCGAGCAGCUGGGCCGCAGCACCUGGGCCUUCCUGCACACCAUGGCCGCCUACUACCCUGAGCGGCCCUCCGGGGCACAGCAGAAGGAAAUGAGGGACUUCAUCAACCUCUUCUCCAAGUUCUACCCCUGCGAGCACUGCGCAGAGGACCUGAGGGAGAGAUUACGGACAAACCAACCCGAUACGAGCACCAGGAGUAACUUCUCCCAGUGGCUGUGUCUCCUCCACAACGAAGUGAACAGGAAGCUGGGGAAGUCGGAAUUUGACUGCUCCCGUGUGGAUGAGCGCUGGAGGGAUGGCUGGAAGGAUGGGAGCUGUGAUUAACCCGCAGGGAUUGCUCUGGGAAUCCAGCAGAGCAGUUCAGUCCAUGUGGAGUUGCUGCAGGGACAGUGGGAGACAGUAACUCUGUUUGUGUGGGACUGAUUCAGAGCUGAACCAAUGCCAAAGGGAGAAUUGAAAAUCCUAUCCCAAUGAUAUUUUGAUAAGUGGUAGCAGUAAUGGUACCUGAGGGGUUGAGGCUGCCAGAAACCUCUGAGAUUGGGUCACUGACAAACUCAUUUCAUUAUGACAUUUCCUGAUUUUGGGGGCAUUUGCUUAUUUUUGUGGCUAGAAUUGAUUUUCCCUGAACACAGUGGUGUUCUCCACAGGUAUUGCCUGAUGUUUUAGAAAAUGCAUCUGAUUAAUUGUCAUUUUAAUUUCUGAUAGAGAAAACUCAUGCUGGGUUUUGUGCCGGGUCUGUAACCCUGGAUUUCUCUUUCCAGGAUCUCCAAGAUUUGUUGUUACUCUUGAAUCCAGUUCCUUUGAUAAAAAUCCUGAGGGCAGGUACAUUUAAUUUAAACACUAAAAUCAUGGAGCCCAGAUUUCUCA